AUGGCCAAUUUAUGUGAACAUGUAACUGAAGGAAGUGAUGAAACAGGAAGUAGAACCCUCCUCAACAGGAUCUACACUGAGCUCUACAUCACAGAGGGACAGAGUGAAGAGGUUCAUACCCAACAUGAGGUGAGGCAGCUAGAGACAGCUUCCAAGAUGGACGUCCUCCAUGACACUCCAAUCAGGUGCCAGGACAUCUUUAAAGCCUUACCUGACCAACAGAGACCCAUCAGAGUGGUUCUGACCAACGGCGUGGCUGGUGUUGGAAAAACCUUCGCAGUGCAGAAGUUCACUCUGGACUGGGCAGAGUGCUUGGAGAACCAACAUGUCAGUGUGGUGGUUCUGCUUUCAUUCAGGGAGCUGAACCUGAUCAGAGAUGAGCAGUACAGUCUUCUGGAGCUGCUCCAUGUUUUCCAUCCAACAUUACAGAAGGUCACAGCAGAGAAGCUGGCUGUCUCUCAGCUUUUGUUCAUCUUUGACGGUCUGGAUGAAAGCAGACUUUCAAUGGAUUUCACCAAGAGGAAGCUGCUGUCUAAUGUCACACAGAAGUCAUCAGUCAGCGAGCUGCUGACAAACCUCAUCCAGGGGAAUCUGCUUCCCUCGGCUCUCGUCUGGAUAACUUCCCGACCUGCAGCAGCCAAUCAGAUCCCUCCUAAAUGUGUCGACAGGCUAACAGAAGUACGAGGCUUCACUGACGCCCAGAAGGAGGAGUACUUCAGGAGGAGAUUCAGUGAUGAAGAGCUGUCCAGCAGAAUCAUCUCCCACAUGAAGACAUCCAGGAGCCUCCACAUCAUGUGUAGAAUCCCAGUCUUCUGCUGGAUCACUGCUACAGUUCUGGAGCACAUGUUGACUACAGAGCAGAGAGGAGAGCUGCCCAAGACCCUGACUGACAUGUACUCACACUUCCUGCUGGUUCAGACAAAGAGAAAGAAGAGAAAGUACCAUGAGGGACAUGAGACGAGUUCACAGGAGCUGACAAAGGCUGACAGGGAAGUUCUUCUGAAGCUGGGGAGGCUAGCGUUUGAACAUCUGGAGAAAGGAAACAUCAUGUUCUACCAAGAAGACCUGGAACAGUGUGGUCUGAAUGUGACAGAGGCCUCGGUGUACUCAGGAGUUUGUACAGAGAUCUUCAAAAGAGAGUGUGUGAGCUUCCAGAAACCAGUCUACUGCUUUGUUCAUCUGAGCAUUCAGGAGUUUCUGGCUGCAGUCUACAUGUUCCACUGUUUCACCAACAGGAAGACAGAGGUGCUGGAAGGUUUUCUAGGGAACUUCCUAAAAGAAUACAAAAACAGGCACUCAAACAUAUCUUUUUUAAAGAACAUAUUCAAGUCUUAUAGCUUCCCUUCACUGGAUGUCUUCCUGAAGAGAGUUGUGGUGAAAUCCCUCCAGAGUAAAAACGGCCACCUGGACCUGUUUGUUCGCUUCCUUCAUGGCCUCUCUCUGGAGUCCAACCAGAGACUCUUAGGAGGUCUGCUGGGUCAGACAGAGAUCAGUCCAGAAACCAUCCAGAGAGUCAUCAACAACAUGAAGAAGAUGAACAAUGAUGAAAUCUCUCCUGACAGAAGCAUCAGCAUCUUCCACUGUCUGAUGGAGAUGAACGAUCUCUCAGUACAUCAGGAGAUCCAAGAGUUCCUGAAGUCAGAGAACAGAUCAGAGAAGAAACUCUCCGAGAUCCACUGCUCAGCUCUGGCCUUCAUGCUGCAGAUGUCAGAGGAGGUUCUGGAUGAGUUGGACCUGCAGAAGUACAACACAUCAGAGCGGGGACGACAGAGACUGAUUCCAGCUGUGAGGAACUGUAGAAAGGCUCGACUGGCUCAGUGUGGACUCUCAGAGACUCACUGUGAAGUUGUGGCCUCAGCUCUAAAGUCCAACCCCUCCCAUCUGACAGAGCUUGACAUGAGUAGAAACAAGCUGCAUUAUUCAGGAGUGAAGCUUCUGUGUGCUGGACUGGAGAGUCCAAACUGUCGAUUGGAGACUCUGAGAUUGGAGCGCUGUGGUUUGUCAGAGAUCAGCUGUGAUUAUCUGGCAGCAGCACUGAAGUGCAACUCCUCCCAUCUGAGAGAGCUGGACCUGUGGGGAAACAACCUGCAGGAUUCAGGAGUGAAGCAUCUGUGUGGUUUUCUGGAGAGUCCAGGAUGUGGACUUGAAACUCUGAGAUUGGAGCUCUGUGGUUUGUCAGAGAUCAGCUGUGAUUAUCUGGGAGCAGCACUGAAGUCCAACCCCUCCCAUCUGAGAGAGCUGGACCUGAGUGACAACACCAACCUGCAGGAUUCAGGAGUGAAGCAUCUGUGUGGUUUCCUGGAGAGUCCAGGAUGUGGACUUGAAACUCUGAGACUAGCUGAAUGCAACCUCUCAGAACGAAGCUGUGAGGGUCUGUCCUCAGUUCUCAGCUGCCAGUCCUCUAGUCUGAGAGAGCUGGACCUGAGUAACAACGACCUGCAAGAUUUUGGCUUGAAGAUUCUGUCUGCUGGAGUAAAGAGUCCACAGUGUAGAUUACAAAAACUCAGUCUGUCAGGCUGUCUGAUCACAGAGGAAGGCUGUAUAUCUCUGGCCUCAGCUCUGAGCUCCAACCCUUCCCAUCUGAGAGAGCUGGAUCUGAGCUACAAUCAUCCAGGAGACUCAGGAAUAAGGCUGCUGAAGGAUCCACACUGGAGACAGGACACUCUCAGGGUGGAGCCUGCUGGAGUCCGAUGGUUGAGACCAGGUUGCUGUGUAGAAAUGGUCUGA